AUCGCGCGCACGCACAGGCUUUUCCUUCUUUUCUGUGCUGAGGAUGAGCUCUCUCCACUACGCCGUGCGCGUGGGCUGAAUCCCCGUUCCCCGUUGGAUGUCUUCUUCUCGUGAGGAUCUCCUUCUUCCUCUCCUCCUCCUCCUCCUCCUCCUCCUCCUCCAUUUGGCUUCAUUAUGCCUGCAAUCAUUAUCCUUGGUUGCCUCGCACGCAUGCCACCCUCCUCCAUUCUCCCACCUCAUCCCCUCUGCUCACCAGAACUCUAUAAAUCCCCCUCCAUCCCCUCUGUCCUCCCACGUGCAUGCCUUGGUGUCCCCAACACCAUCCACCCUAUUUCGCUGCUUCUACCACCGCCGCGGCAUGGCUGUCUCCGGCUUCGAAGGCUUCGAGAAGCGCCUGGAGCUCCACUUCUCGGGCCACGACUCGCUCGGCCUCCGCCGGCUGCGGUGCGAUGCCCUCGCGCAGGUCCUCGACGCCGUGCAGUGCACCGUCGUCUCUGCCGUCGGUAACCGCUACUUCGACGCGUACAUCCUCUCCGAGUCCAGCCUCUUUGUUUAUCCUUAUAAGAUGGUUCUCAAGACCUGCGGCACUACUCAGCUGCUGCGAUCCGUCCCUUGUCUACUUCGCCACACCGCGGAGCUCGGCCUUCGUCUCCGAGCCUGCCGCUACUCCCGCGGCAGCUUCAUCUUCCCUCGGGCCCAGCCGUUCCCUCACACCAGCUUCGCGGAGGAGGCGCUCUACUUGGAAGAGCGCCUCCCGCCGAGCCUAGCCUUUAGAAAAGCUUGCGUCCUUCCGUCGAGCAGCUCGCACUCCUGGCACGUCUACUCUGCUUCCGCCGCCGACGACGACGACCGCUUGGCGGCAGGUUCGUGGAGCACUUUUACGGUUGAAGUGUGCAUGACGGAGCUGGACCGGUCGCUGGCGCGGCGUUUCUUCCGGAAGAAAGGCGACGAGAGGUCGGGCGACGCUGUGGGCGCAGACAUGACGGACCUGACCGAGAUCGGUAGCAUCAACCCACGCACGCUCGUCUGCGGCUUCGCGUUCGACCCAUGUGGAUACUCGAUGAAUGGUCUCGACCGCGACAGCUAUUCCACGAUACACGUCACGCCGGAGGAGGGCCACAGCUACGCCAGCUUCGAGUGCACAGGCCGAUGGGCGGGAGGCAGAGCCGAAGUGCUGGAUUCGCUGAGAAAGGCCAUCGGGGUGUUCCGGCCGGGCGCGGUGUCGGUGUCGUUCUGCAUGGCACCCAACGUCGACGAGAACCAAGUGCGAUCGGCCGUGGGGGACGCACUCGAGCCGCUCGGACUGAGCUGCCGAAGCCAGGCGGUGGAGGAGUUUCCAGGCGCAGGCAUCGUCACGUACCAAACUUUCACGCCCCGCCGGGAGUGAAGCCGACACGAGGUGGCGCAGGCCACAACAGGAAGCAGUGGUCAUCACUGAGGUGAUGCUCUUGGCUUGUUGCAAGUUGCUGGCCUCAGAGGAAACAUUAAAGGGAGGGAAUAGUGUGGCCUUUUGUGGGAGAGGGAGAUGAUGGAGUGCAUUGUAACUUGGAUUAGGGCGGUGUGGUUGACAUUAGGAAUUGGGAGUGAAAAGGUUGGAAAGCUUAGGAUGGGUGGGAGCUCCAUGAUAUAGCACCCCACUUCAGAGUGUCACGCCUGAUCAUGGAUGGAUAUACUUGGGACGAUGUAGUGGGAUAUAUGGAAGCAGUACUACACUACUGAGUUGAGCUGAA